AUGGACUUGAUUAUCACGUGUCCGGAUAUGAAGAACGCUUGCAGUGAGACAAUGAUACAGAAUGAAUGCCCCUAUACUUGCGGAAUAUGCACCCAAGACCCCACAAAAUGUAGUGAUACCAAUUUGGACUGCACCAAAUUCAAUAUUCAAUGUGAAUUCGACAAUUUCAAAAAAACGUGUCCCCAAACGUGUGGAACAUGCGGUUCGACGACUCAGCCAAGUUGUGUAGAUCACUCAGUAAACUGUCCGAACUACAGUAAUCAAUGUAGCACAGAUUAUAUUAAAGAAUUAUGUCCACUAAGCUGUAACACUUGUAAUACCACCACAACUACAGUAACCCGAGGAGUCAAAACUACAGUAAUCCCAAUCAAGACUACAGUAUCCACAACUACAGUGCAGACUACAAAGACUACAACUACAGUACCCCCGCAGACUACAAAGACUACAAAAAUGAUUCCUACUACACCUAAGACUCCGUGUAAGGAUGCAUCACCAAAUUGUGGAGCAUGGGCGAAGAAUGGAUUCUGUACAAAUACAUUCUAUCCACCGGAGAAGAGAAAAGAAUAUUGUGCAAAGACUUGCAAAUUCUGCUGA